AAGCACAGUCCUGGGUCCCAAGGCUGGCAGCCUCCCAAGCACUUGGGCACGGAGGGCAGUAACGAUAAUGCUGGCAUUUCCCUCCCUCAGGCUUACACUCUCGAAAGGACUGAGGCCAAAGGAGAAGGGGAUGGCUCUGGGGAAGGUCCAGCGGAGCUAGACUCGGAGGCCUGUCGGGGCUGCCUUGCCCCUCUCUCCCCGAGAUGGUGGCUGGAGGGAGGCCGUGCCUUUGCCAACCGGCCUGGGCUGCUCUGGCCCUUGCCUUGGGGAGGGAGGCCACAGGCCCAAGGCCGGCUCUUCCCUGGCAGGGAGCCCUGUCUCCCGAACUGCCUUGGGCCUGAGCGCUGGCAUAGCAUGGCAUCGUGGCACGAUGGAGGCGGCAGGGGCCGAGAGCCAUGGCAGAGAGCAGGCCACUGCUGCCCUCCAGCGCCGCCUCGCCCCAACUGCGCAGGACCGGAAGCCAGGCGCCGACCCCGAGGCGCCUCUUCCGCCCGGCCAGGGAUUCCCGUCGCGCUUCCGGAAGUGACGACAGAACCGGCGACCCUCCAUCGGGCGCCAUCUUGUCUGUCCAGGGAAGGGAGGCCGGUGCGGUUCCGGGGCAGGCAGCGUCCCUCGGGGCCCCGCCCGAAAGAGACCGCGAGCGACCCGUCGUUCUCCCGGGGCAGAGCUGCGCGCGAUGGGGCCGGAGGCGCCCUCCUGAGCCGGAGCCUCCAUGGACCCCGCCACCGGCGGCAGCAGCAGCAGCAGCAGCAGCGCCAUGGGCAGAGAGGCCGCCCCGAGGCUUGGCCGCCAGGCGCCGGGGAGCCCCAGGAGCGUCGCCGGGGGCCUCGGGACUUUGCCGGCUUCGCCCGGAAGGAGCUCCGGCGAGGCGGAGGCGGGAAGCGGCGAAGGGCGGCAGCGGAGGGGCCCCGAGCAAGAAGCGGGAGAGAGGCUGCUCCCUUCGGAACCGAAGAGCAGAGCGGAGGAGGAGGAAGAGCCAGCAGAUCAGCUCUGUAGUCCUGCAGCCGAAGUUCUGGCCCACCCUGAAGAAGUCUUGGCAACCGUCCCAUCCCAGCCAAAGCGUCCCCGCGGGAGAAAGCCCCGGAAGAAAGGUCCCGGCCGCCCCAGGGGCCCCCAUCCCAAGGAGCCAAAGGCGCUUGGCGAGAGCCCUGGGCCUUCCGUGAACGGACCCUCCCUUCCCGUCAAGGUGCCAAAGAAGCGCGGGCGCAAAUCCAAGGCAGAGCUGCUCCUGAUGAAGCUGGCACAAGGGCUGGACACCCAGCCGCCUGAGCCCCUUCCUCCAGAGAAGGGCCUAGCUGCUGAAGAGGACUGCCUCGAGACCACCCCUGGGGGACGCCCAAAAAGGAGGGCGGCUAAAGUGGCCCUCCUGUAUCUGCAGGAACUGGCAGAGGAGUUGACCACCAUGUGCCAGGCCCCACCAAGCAGUGAGACCUCCAAGGACACACCCAGACACACUGAGGAACCCAUUAAGAAGCGUCGAGGCCGGAAGCCGCGGGAGCAGAAAACGGAGACUGAGGAGGAUGAGGACUUUGUCCCCUCAGAAGAGGUGCUCUUGGAGGAGGAAGAGGAGGAGGAGGAAGAUGAUGAUGAUGAAGAUGAAAGUGACCUGCUGUUGAGCGAGGUCUCUGAGUCUGAGCUGGAGUCUGGCUUAAACAGAAGACCAGCGAGGUCAAAGACCCACUGCCGAGGAUUUGCUUCCAAUGGACUGCAUAAUUCGGUCAUGGCCCCUGUGUGGAAGUCCCUCUCAGUAACACACAGCUUGCGUGAGCAGUUCCAUUCUCCCUGGGAAUUUGCAGAGUGGGUCCCCUCUGCCCAGAAGUGGUCCUGCCUCUCGGAGAGCGAAGCGGAACAGUAUCUUCCCAGCGAGACCAAGUCCCCGUUCUUCUCCAUCAGGCGAGAGGGUCUGCAGGAAGACAGCAGCGUCGUCUACCGGAUUAACAGGUUCAAUGCCUUGCAGCCCCACAAGGAGCGCCUGGACAUGACUUUCUUUGUUGGGGGGCCUGUCUGGGCCAUGGAAUGGUGCCCCACCCCAGAAGGCUCUCUGGCUUCCCAAUAUGUGGCCAUCUACUGCAAUCCUGGCAUGGAUGACCAGCACAGCUUGUCUGAGACCCACGUCGGGCCCGCACUGCUUCAGCUCUGGGAGCUUGGACCUCUUCGGCAAGAUGCAGGGUCAGCCACCAAGCCUGGACUGGCAUUCGCUAUCGCCACCGACCACGGCUGCAUUUGGGACAUGAAGUUCUGCCCCAGCGGUGCCUGGGAGCCUCCCUCUGUCUGCCGCAAGGCCCCCCAGAUGAGCCGCCUGGGCCUGCUGGCUGUGGCCUUCUCAGAUGGCCAAGUGCUGAUCUACAGCCUUCCUCAUGUGGAGGCCCUGCAAGCCCACCAGAGAUCCCAGGUAACAGGCGGCGGAGGCCUCUCCCCACAGAAUGCCAUCUACAAGGUCCAGUGUGUGGCCUCAUUGCAAGUCAGCUCCGUCCAGGCUGGGAGCCCCGCUGAAUGUGGGCAAUGCUUCAGCUUGGCCUGGAUGCCCUCCAGGCCUCAUCACCACUUGGCUGCCGGUUUCUAUGAUGGAACCGUGGCCCUUUGGAACCUGUCCAGCACAUCCCUACUCCAGCGAGUGCGCCAAACGGACGGCUCCCACAGGCUCUAUCCUUUCCGCUGCUUCCUGGCCCAUGACCAAGCUGUGCGCAGCAUCCAGUGGUGCAAAGCGAACAGCAAUUUCCUGGUGACUGCUGGGAGCGACCGGAAGAUCAAGUUCUGGGACCUGCGACGGAUGCAUGAGCCCCUCAACAGCUUCAAGCGGUCCUUGAGCACAGAGGUUGCCUGGCUGCUGCCCUACAGUGGAGUCACGGUGGCCCAGGACAACUGCUAUGCUCCGUAUGGCCUAUGUGGGAUCCACUACCUGGACGCUGGCUACCUUGGCUUCCGGGCCUACUUCGUGGCUCCUCGCAAGGGCACCGUAUGGAGCAUCUCUGGGUCCGACUGGCUGAACACGGUGGCUGCUGGCGAUGUCAUGGGGGAGCUGGUGGCAGCCAUGAUGCCCGACCUCUCCGUCAACCCCCACAACGUCAAGCGCCCCUCAGAGCGCCGUUUUUCCAUCUAUAAGGCAGACCUCCUGCCCCGAAACCUCAUCAGCGAAGAGGGGACAGAAUCAUCAUCGGCAGUGACCCUUGCAGCCAGAGCUGGUGAGAUGUCCGCAGUGGAGGGCAGGAGCUACAGCGAGUCAGUGGCUCACAAUUACAUCCUCUUCCAGGACACAGAUCUGGAGGGAGACUUACCCUGCUUUAGCCAAGCCUGGCAUCAACCUUCCCUUCCUAUCCGACCCAACAGAGGAGCUUCAAGAAUUUCUUCCGCCGGAAGACCCGCAAGCACAACCGCCUGGUCCCCGAGCGCAAGGAGGAGGACUUCCUGGGACGACUGCAGCUGGAAGCCAUCCACAAGGUGCGCUUCAGCCCCAACCUGGGUUGCCACAGCUGGCUGGCCUCAGGGGGUCAGUCUGGCCUGGUGCGGCUUCACUGCCUCCGCGCUCUGGUUUCCCCGCUGAGCCACAAGCUACAGCUUGAGUGCCAGGCCCAGUUCAGUGCCAUGCUUGAGGCAGAUGGACAGGGCAGCAGCGGCAGUGGCUCCAUGGCAAGCCUGCUGGGGGCACCCAUGGCUGUCAGUUGAAGAGCCACCAGGACUGUUCCUUGGAGACUCGGCAGACAUCGACGGGGCGUGAGGGCUUCAGCAGAGACAUCUGGGUCCAUGAGAGGAUUAUGCCAAAGUCGGGCGGUUGAGCUGUGAGCAGCAAAGAGCCAUUGGCUGGUCCAAGGACAGAUGUGCUGAAGAGAAUGACCAGGAGAGGCUUGGCACAGAAUCAGUUCCUCAGCCGCCCAGCAGUGGGCUCUCUGUUUGUGGCACUGUGCGCAAGAGCAGCUCCUCCCACCCACAGGGUAACAUGUGCCUCUGCUUCCUGGGCGCCUUUUCUGGCUGUUGCUCCUCACUUGGCCCUGGAGGCUCCAGGUGAGGAAGGAGAGAAAGAAGGGGAGAGGCAAGUGGGGUGCUCAUCUCCCUUUGCUGGGCCAGCAAAAGAGGAGUGCUUGGAGCCAGCUCUGGCCACUGGGCUCUGAGCCACAAGCGCCUCCCCCACCCCCCUGUACCCUCCCUUUCGGGGCACAGCCUUGCUCACAUUGAGCUUUGUUCUUUUAACUGUUAUUAAAGUGUGUGUGUUUUAUAAAAA